AUGUCCAUGGCGGGUGGUCUUGCAAGCCCCGCCCACACGCAGGAAGACAAUGACGCUUCCUCGGGACCCCUGCGAGGACUUCAGAAGCGGACCGUCAGCCCAUCGGAGACCCUUAUUAACCCUUUCACCCCCUGGUUGCCCUCGGAGACGAAGAGAGAAGAUGGAGAUGGUCGGCAGAAAAGGCUCCUUUAUAAAGAAGAUCCCGAAACGCGUUGCCCCGUCCCGCUCGCCAUGAACAGCCGCUCGUGGGCCGCGUGCCUGCUCUCGUCCGCCGCGCUUUCCUUGCUGUUGAUCGCGACCUACUCCGCGUUUAUCGCGCCCCCCGAGGACGAGAGGCAGCUUCACCGCCUGCCGCAGGAUGCAAUCUGCCCGGAGAGCGCGUCCAAUCGGACGAGGACGCCGGCGGGAAGCGCCCGCGGGGGGGGCAUCUUCUUCGUGGAGACGUCGGAGAAAACCAAGCCGAGCUUCCAGGUGAUGUGCGCCGUGGAGUCCGUGAGCCGCGCUCAUCCCGGCACCAAGGUCACCGUCCUGAUGAAGGGUUUAUCGAGCCGGAACCUGACGCUGCCCAGAAACCUCGGCUUUUCCUUCCUCGGCUGCUUCCCCGACGUGGAAUUCCGGCCUCUGAACCCCGAGGAGCUCUUCGAGGAGACCCCGCUGAGCGCUUGGUACGAGGCCAGCGCGAGGGGCGGCCGUUUUUCGGACUAUCCCAUGUUUUCCGACGCUUGCCGCCUGGCCAUCCUCUGGAAAUAUGGCGGCAUCUACCUGGACAUGGACUUCAUCAUCCUGAAGAACCUCGAGGGCCUGACCAACGCCAUCGGGACCCAGAGUCCCUACCUGCUGAACGGGGCCUUCCUCGCUUUCGGCCGCCGUCACCGGUUCAUGGAGCUCUGCAUGGAGGACUUUGUCCGGGAUUAUAAUGCUUGGCUGUACGGCCACCAAGGACCCCAACUCCUGACCAGGGUCUUCAAAAGGUGGUGCGCGGUCCGCAGACUGAGGGACAGUAAGGGCUGCAGAGGGGUUCACGUUCUCCCCAAGGGAGCCUUCUACCCCGUCGACUGGCAGGACUGGAGAAGGUACUUCGAGGCCAUCGACCCGUCGGAGAUGAAGAGGCUGCUGAGGAACACUUACGGCGUCCAUCUCUGGAACAAAAAGUCGCAAGGCGUUCGGCUGGAAGGCGGAUCGUUUCUGGACCAACUACAGUCGCUUUAUUGCCCCGAAACCAACAAGUUAAUGAAGAUGUAUCAGUGAG